AUGGAUCAUCCGAACUCUAUGAUUUCAUGCAAAUCGACCAAUUUGCCAUCACAAAGCGUUAUUAAGUACAGAAAACAAGUCAUCUGGAUGCUUGGUACGGUGGUUUUAGCAUUUUUUAUUUGCCUGCUACCAUUUAGAGCUCUAACAAUGUGGAUUAUUAUAGCACCUGCUAGCACCAACUUUGAAAUAGGUUUCGAGAAUUACUACAACAUCCUCUACUUUUCAAGAAUAAUGUUUCACAUUAACUCAGCUGUCAACCCUAUUCUCUACAAUAUUAUGAGCUCCAAGUUCAGAGGGGGUUUCCUAAAAGUAUGCGGUAUCGUAACACUGCGUAAGAGGCUCAGAAGAAAGAGGGAAAUCACGAGAAGAAACACCACAAGUUCCACAACACAUACUUCUUCCCAACAAACAUCCGAAUCCUUUUUAAAUAGUAAAAAAAAUCACUCCAAAUAUUCCAAUAAGUCUUUAAGGGAUUCCUCCUCUGGAGAGAGCUCGAAAAAUAAUAAUAGACUCAAUAGUUCCACUAGGUGUGUUUAUGUAAGGGCACCUAUGGAAAUAGUUAGCAGUAUUAGUGGGCAAAAACUGCCCAAUGGAGAGAUCUACGUUUAA